AACAGGAAAAUAAACAAAAACCUCAGUUCAGCAUUUUUAUCGGUUCAUUAUCGGCGAAAUUAAGUGGAUCUGUUUAUAAAUUAAUUUAUAACGGCAAAGCACUACCCAAUAACCCGCAUUGUCCGUUACGACUUCGAAGAAAGCGCAGAUCAUCAUCCGAGAUGUGGUUCUUUGGGUUUUUGUGGGCAGCUGUUGCUUUACUUAUUUCUGUGAAAUGCGAAGAACUACCCGUAUGGAGCGACGUAUAUUCAGUGAAAGGGGUUCUGUUCAUCCCUUAUGCUGAAAUAGCCGAACCCUUUUCAGCUUGGUUUGACAACGGAAACAACCUGUCGAGGAUCGACUAUUACGGUGACAUGGUGAAAACAUACCAACUGGCCAAAACCGGUUACGGCACGAGCAUAAAAAUCGCCCCGGUCACCACCGAAGACGAAGAAAACGCGAGGACUUGUCUGCAGGUCAAUGGUACCGCCAAGGAACCCAUUACCACCCAAGGGGUCUUACCGGAUCUCACCGGAUACGAGUACAAUGGGGACGAAAUGAUCGAAGGAAUCCAAACCCAACGAUGGAACCUGACCACCGUAAUCGGUGAAAAAAAGAAUAAAUACGUUCUAUGGGUGCGUUUUAUGGUCGAAAACGAUAAAAAAGUGGCCGUGCCAGUAAGGUUUGAAAUGCGCGGGUACAACGUGAUCCUUGGCAGUCACUACGAUCACUAUUACUUACGUUAUGACGAGUAUGACGUUAACCCGAUCGACUCGAGCAUUUUCGAAGUUUCCCAAAAUUUAACAUGCCAAGGUUUCCCCGGUCCGGGGGAUAAGCACAUCUACACGUUCAACCCGAUGGCCGAGUUCAUUAAGCCGGAAAAGCAGGGUCACUUGGACUUGGAAUUUAAUAAAUUCACCAGCAAACAUAACAAAACUUACGAGUCCACUAAGGAAACGAUGCUCCGCAAAGAGAUUUUCAGGCAGAACGUCCGCUAUAUUCAUUCGCACAACCGCAAAAAUAUUGGUUACUAUUUAACAGUAAACCAUCUGGCGGACAAAACCGACAACGAAUUGAAAGCACUUAGGGGAAAAACGUAUUCCGGCGAGUACAACGGGGGAAAACCCUUCCCGCUACUCAAAUCCUCGAAUCUCACCAAUCUGCCCGACCAAUGGGAUUGGAGAUUAUACGGGGCAGUUACUCCAGUAAAAGAUCAAUCUGUAUGCGGAUCCUGUUGGUCCUUUGGUACUGUAGGCACCGUAGAGGGCGCACUGUUUUUAAAAAAUGGCGGGCAUCUCGUCAGAUUGUCGCAGCAGGCGUUGAUCGAUUGUUCUUGGGGAUAUGGAAAUAAUGGCUGCGAUGGUGGUGAAGACUUCAGGGCUUACCAAUGGAUGGAAAAGCACGGAGGUAUCCCGACUGAAGAAGACUAUGGGCCAUAUUUGGGACAAGAUGGUUAUUGUCAUGCCGAUAAGGUGCCAAAAGUGGCCAAACUGAAUCACUGGGUGAACGUCACCACUAAUAACGAAGAUGCAUUACGUUUGGCCAUUUUUAAAAAUGGACCCGUCAGUGUGGCCAUUGAUGCCAGUCAAAAAACUUUCAGUUUUUAUUCCAACGGGGUUUACUACGAUGAGAGCUGUGGCAAUACUGAAGAGAGACUUGAUCAUGCAGUACUAGCAGUGGGUUAUGGCACCCUAAACGGUCAAAACUAUUGGCUGAUCAAGAACAGUUGGUCAAACUAUUGGGGCAACGACGGUUAUGUGCUGAUGGCCUCCAAAGACAACAAUUGUGGAGUGAUGACCAGCCCCACUUAUGUUGUAUUAGAAUAGGGAAAGUGAUACAAUAUUUUUAGUUUUUUAAUGAGUUUUUUUAUUCAAUAAUGACUAGAAUUAAAUGUGAUUUUUUUAGUGAA